AUGGUUCAUGCUGAUGCGUCAAACUUUGCCGAGGGCGUCACCAAAGACGAUGCCUACGAGCAAGUCCUCUGGCAAGCUGAAGGUCUAGUUACUGACCAGCGCAACUGGGUUUGCAAUCUUUCCAACGCCGCUUCUUUGCUGUGGCAUGCAUACAAAUCUUUGGCCUCACCCAGCAAAGACGUGAACUGGGCCGGAUUUUACGUCCUCGACAAGUCCUCCAAAGACCCCCAACUCAUCCUCGGCCCAUUCCAGGGUAAGGUCGCUUGUCAGACCAUCAGGUUCGGAAAGGGAGUUUGUGGUACAGCGGCCGCAACUCAAGAGACACAGCUGGUCCGAGAUGUGGAGGAAUUCCCUGGACACAUUGCUUGUGAUGGAGACAGCAAGAGCGAGAUAGUUGUGCCUAUCCUCGUUGCUCAGGACGACGGUUCUAAGAAGCUAGUGGCUAUCAUUGAUAUCGACUGUGCUGAGCUCAACGGGUUUGAUGAGGUCGAUAAGAAGCAUCUUGAGCAGCUUGCGGCUCUGCUCGCUACGAGUUGUGAUUGGUAA